AUGAAUAUUUUCCCACCCAUCUCGUUCCUUCCUUCUUUCUUUCUUUCUUUUCUUUCUUUCUUUUCUUUCUUUUCUUUCUUUCUUUCUUUCUUUUCACGAAGGUUUCCUGACCCAUUUCAUUCUUUUCUUUUCAUUCUUCUUUCUUCGCGUUUCCCUUCCCUCCUUCUUUUCUUUCUUUCUUUCUUUCUUUUCCCCCACGAAGGUUUCCCGACCCAUUUCAUUCUUUUCCUUUCAUUCUUCUUUCUUCGUGAACAUUUUCCCUCCCAUCUCAUUCUUUCUUUCUUUCUUUCUUUCUUUCUUUCUUUCUUUCUAGUACGUUUUGCUUACCAUCUCAUUCCUUUCUUUCUUUCUUUCUUUCUUUCUUUUCUUUCUUUCUUUCUUUGCAGGCGUUCCCUUUCUUUCUUCUUUCUUUCUUUCUUUCUUUUCCCACGAAGGCGUUUCCUUCCCACUUCUUUCUUUUUUUCUUUCUUUCUUUCUUUCUUUUUUCUUUCUUUCUUUUUUCUUUCUUUCUUUUCCCAUGAAGGUUUCCCGACCCAUUUCUAUUCUUUUUCCUUUCAUUCUUCUUUCUUCAUGAAUAUUUUCCUCCCAUCUCGUUCCUUCCUUCUUUCUUUUUCUUUCUUUCUUUCUUUUUUCUUUCUUUCUUUCUUUCUUUUCCCCACGAAGGUUUCCCGACCCAUUUCAUUCUUUUCCUUUCAUUCUUCUUUCUUCGUGAACAUUUUCCCUCCCAUCUCGUUCCUUCCUUCUUUCUUUCUUUCUUUCUCUUCUUCUACAUAUUAUCAUUCACUUAUUCUCUCCACCUUUUUGCCAAACUCUCCUCACCUUUUGCGUAAUUUCAGGGACGACACUCGUUUUUCCCCCCUCCCGGUAAUUAAAAACAAAAGAAAAACUUAG